AUGGUUGUACCACAACCCCCCUACAUAGUGCCUCGUGGGCGGCGUGCUAUCGCUAGUACUACGAGUUUCAAGAUGCUCAGGAGUCCCCCUACAGAGUGCCUGGUGGGCGGCGCGCUAUCGCUAGUACUACGAAUCUCGAGAUGCGCAGGAGUGGCCCCGCUGAACUUCACCGCCGCGGACGCCGGCUGGCACAUAGUGGUGUCGCCGCCGCUUGACGUCUUCCAGCGCGUUUUUAUGACUGCUCUUAAUCUCGUAGCUCUAGCAGCCUUAAUUCUAGACUUCCAAGAAGAUCCAAGCAAGAGUAUCCGCCUCGGCGAAUCCGCCGUGACAACUUUUGUAUGGAUCGCCGACCUCGCCCUGGUGCUCGCCAUAGCCAGCCUGGCUGUGUACCGCGGCUCCGCCCGGAUGGAGAAACUCAUACGAUUGCUGAGGGACCUGCAGAAGAUCAAUGCUGACCUAAAUAAUACCGGAUGCCAAAAAAUGGAGAAGAUUGGCGUCAUCGCAGUGACUAGUAUUUUGUUGAGCACCUUAAUGGUUCAGUUUGCUGACGCCUACAUAUGGUUCCAGUACAGUAUUGAUAAAGGAUACAACUGGUCGAUAGUGAUAAUGUACAGCUCGUACUACAUAGGCAACUAUCUGGGUCUGCUGGCGCUGCUUCAGUGGGGCUUCGUUACUUUGGCUGUUCACAACGCCGCGGCUGCGGUCAACCAACACCUGCUGCGACUGCAUCACGUGAAGCUAAAGACCGGAGGAACUGCGAUGUUAGAAGUAAACCUAAGUCCUCCGAAACCCGUCGUGGAUUGCUUCACAGAGAGAGACUAUGACAUAACUCCUUCAGGGUCAGACUUCGCCGCGUAUCCAUUGCAAGUGCAAUCCAUGGUUCGCCGUCUCGCUUCCUCGUACGGGCACAUCGGCGAGCUGAUGAGACAGAUGAACGAGACCAACGGCACGAUCAUCAUGGCCAUUCUUAUGGCCUCAUUUCUGCAUCUUGUGUUAAAUCCGUACUACACGUUUCUGGUUUUGAAUGCGGGAGAUAGUGUGCUGGAGGCGGUGGUGGUGCCGCUUUGUGGGAGCUUUCUGCAAAUAGCUGUUCUUCUGGUGACCGUCGAACCUUGCCACUGGACGCAGGAACAGAGAGAAACCACCAAAUUCCUGCUGAGCCGAGUAACCGUCCGCCUGGCGCCGAAGAGUACGCUUCUGGCCCGAGAGUUGAAACAGUUCGCAAAACAAACUGUCCUUUCUAAUAUCAAGUUCUCCGCCCUCGGUGUGCUCACCCUCGGUCGGCCGCUCGUAGCUUCGAUGUUUGGCGGCGUGGCGACCUACCUCGUCAUUCUCAUGCAGUUCCAUGCACUCACCAAUCACUAAAACGAU